UUCACUCUAUAAAAUAUAACCUCACAUUUUUCUGUGAUGUUUACAUCUGUUUCUCGCGGUUUUUCUGUAUUUUAUUAUUAAAAAAUGAGUGAAUUAAGCCCCGCAGACUUCUACUUACCCGGCGAAAUAAUAAGAAAUCUCAAAUCUAAAGACAGAGAAGUUAUAAUCGGUCCAGGACUGUGUAGAAACGAAUCAGACACAAAGAGUUUAAUAGCCUCACAAGCUGGAUAUCUGUGUUUUAGGGCCCCAAAUACAUACUGGUUAGAAGGACGAAGGAACAGAUAUAUUCCUAAGAAAGCAGAUCUAGUACUAGGUAUUGUGACAAAGAAGUCAUCAGAUAAUUUGAAGGUUGAUAUCGGUAGUGCUGAAUCAGCGUCACUGUCGAUGUUAGCGUUUGAGGGGGCUACAAAAAAAGUUAAACCUGAUGUGAAUGUUGGUGAUGUGAUUUACGCCAAAGUAAUCAACGCCCACAAAGAAAUGGAACCUGAAUUAGUCUGUAUCGAUCAGUAUUACAAGGCUGGCAAGUUAGGAGUGUUAUCGAACGAAGGUUUUGUAAUAAAUUUGAAACAGAAACUUAUUCAACAAAUGUUGAACCCAGAAAAUCCCUUAUUAAGGACCCUAGGAAGGAAGUUUCCUUACGAAAUUGUUAUUGGAGUUAACGGAAAAGUAUGGAUGCGAGCAAAUCAGUGUAAAGAUGUACUGACUUUAUGUCGAGCUUUUCAGAUAGCCGAAUAUCAAAAAGAGACUGAUAUUAUUGGUAUUUGUAGACAAUUUAAAUAAAACUCAUUCAUUAAAGGUAUGU